AUUUUUUUGAUUUUUUAUUUAAGAUUUUUUUUUAUUUUUUAAUUUAACUUUAUAAAUAUUUAUAUGUUUCUCAAGAAAUUUAAAAUUGUGCAGUUGGAGUGUUAAUAGUUGAAUACCAGCAGCUAGUGGCAAUCUCAAGUGGCAAGUGGCGAAGCACAGAUCUUAAGGAGCUUGCCAAGGUCAGCACAACACACAAACCAUUGUCUUAGAAGAAAUAUGUGUGUCAAUGAGUGGAUGCAAUCAUUGAGAUAAUCAAGAAUUGGCAUCAACAUAGUGAACUUGUAUUAGCAAUCGCAGAUGAGAUGUUAUGACCUUCUAUGCGAAUCUAACAAUUUUUUGGAUGAAAAAAGGUUUUUUUCAGGUAAUAAAAAAGCUUUGGAAAUUUUCCCAUGAAAAUCGAAACCGUAUCUAUUACAUAAAAGCUCUUUAAGCAUGCAAAUUGCCAUUAUCCACAAGAAACUAUUUGUAAAACUUAGUAGAAACAGUAUGACUAAGAGCCUCGUGAAAGAUGCUCCUCUUGUGGAUAUUCCUUUUUCUUGUCGCAACUGAAUGCCAAGUUGUGUACCGAACUCGUUGGCCAAAGUAUGUUCCAAAAAAGACAUAUCAUACGCCACGUAAGCCCCUCGACUACUGCAAUGGAAACCUUUGCCCCGGGAACGUAAAGCAUCUGACCUGCGACAUUCGCUUUUGGGCUGACCGAUGUGGUAAGGAUCACGAAGGAAUAAGGCUGACCGAGUAUCGGCAGGACAUUGAGAAAAUCGUAAACGAUUUUCGGAGAAGAGUGGAGCGGGGUCUCGGGACCUUACCGAGGGCCGCUCGGUUACCCCUAAUAAGAUGGGACGAGGACCUGUCCGUACUUGCGAUGCGGGUCACGAACCAGUGCAAGGAUCACUCCUUUUCGCCCUGCGUGAACACCUUUCGUCACAAGAGCGUGGGCGAGUCCUCGGACUUCGUGCAGGUGCGCAAAACUAGCAAGGGCUUCAACGUUAUCAGCUUCCUCAAGAUGUGGUUCGACUACUACAAGAUAAUGAAGCCCGCCGAUGUCCGCAGCUUUCCCGACGUAUCCGCAGCAGACCACUUGCGAGUUUUUGCCAACUUGAUUUAUGAGAAAAACACCUACAUGGGCUGCGGAAUGCUGAAGUCUAAGGAAAAACGCUUCCUAACGUGUCUCUUUAACUCGAAGAUCCCGGCCAGAGUUCCGCUCUAUAGAGUAGCGUCAGCCGUAAACUACCGAGGCAGGCCUCGCAAAGCCAAUCACACCAUAUCCAAAACUUUACAAAAAUCUCAGCACAACACGGUAAAAACUUCCUAGUGAAUUUCUACUAGGAACCCAAAUUUAUACCCCAAUAACUGACUAUAGUAUAAGGUUAUUAUUAAUUUUUACAAAGUUACUUAAAUGAACUUUUAUGCCAUCUUUAAAUGGUAGAUUUGCAACACGAUAAAGUAAUUGUUAAGCGAAAUUAUAUAGAUAUAUUUGA